AUGCGCUUAACUGGGCUACCAAAAUUCGACGAUCUCAAGAACUACGGUAUAUCCACGAAUACCGAAAAACACCUCUGGACAUUGGAAAUCCGACGAUUGACAGUCGACGCUGCAUCUGAAGAUGCGCUCAUAUUCGACAUCCGGAACUUCAAAGACGCCAGAACGCGACUCACCACAAGAUAUGAACAGGAUGAAGAAAAGGUGAAAGCUCGUCGUCCCAAACUACUCGAAUCCGCCGACGAUAACCGGAAGGUAUAUUUCGCCCUCGUUGAUUACAUCACCAGCCAGGUUGCUAGGCUAGUGGUGCGCUCCGCAACAGGCGAUUAUUGGAACCAUCACUCCCUGGCAAUCCUAGCCAAAUGGUCUGCGAAGCUGAAGAUACUGUCUUAUAACCCGGCUCAAUACGCCUCUCUAUCUCUAGCUGCUGCGGAAGAGCUACUAGAAAGAAUGAACGAUAGCAAGACUGAGGAAAACUUGCAGGUAUUGAAGGUCCGCGCUACGGAUGCGAAGGAAGAGGACAAGGAAGAUAUGGACAUCAACUCGCAAGCCGAAGCUGACAUCACAGGCUACUACUUCCAGGAUCAUUACGGGAUGCAAGUCUUUCUAUCACAGCUCUUCAACUACGCGGUUAAUGCACUGUACGCAUCUGAGAAGACUGGAAACCCGCCCAACUGCUUCGAAGUCUGCACAUUGGCAUAUGAGACGGGCCUUCGACGAAGUCUGACUGUGAUAUCGAGCGAUCGCCGAGGUGACGUAGCAGCGACCUCGGACGCUACACAUGUGACCUGCAGCUAUACUGCUUUUCAGAAUCUGAGAAAGAAUGUUGAACAUCUCAAAGCGGGACGCCAACCGCCCCGCGAUGAUGCGCGUGACCAAACGCAUAUCCACUGUCAAUACACCGAGGGCUCCGUAUCAGAAGUCCACGACUUCCGUACAUCACGCUUCGACGACAUAGUUUCCAUCAUGAUUCCUCUAUCAUUGACUGAUCCGUUUGUCGCAAUCGGAAUGGGCCUGAUGCUGGACUUUGCAACGGGCAACAGCGAAGACGAAGACCCCGUGCUACAGUUUGAGCGGAAACAUUUUACCGCCAAAUUCGUUGUUACGACUGCAGCGUGGGAAGAUAGACAGCAUAAGCUCAAGUUUACUAAUGCUGCUCGUCAACCUGAUCUGGAGGUUUUGUCGGUGUCUCAAAGCCCUUUGAGUAAAGCGAUACGUGCUGGUACUAGUUUUAAGGACAUCUUAGCAACACCCCCAGAACCGGGAACGCUUGAUCCUCUAUCAUCAGGUGGUAGCCCUGGUAGCCUGAGCCAAGCCAAUUUGGAGAAACAGAGGUUCGCGGAGACGCGCAUGAACGAAUGGAUCAUAUCCGAGCUCACGGUGACGCUCAAGUGCCACCGCUACGUCUACACGAUUCUCUGUUUUUGCGCCGUGCUCAUAUGUGGCGCAACAGCAGUUCCGUUCUCAGUGCAGAACCGCCUCAAGGGAGUCGAUCCAUUCAACAUCACCACCUUCGCUUGGCUACUAGCUGGUUUCAUCCUUGUGAUAGCGAAAUCACGCUAUGUUUGCGAAUGGCCGUGGCAUGACUUCCUACGCGGACGCGUGGUUUGCAAGUCGAUCAAAGAGAUGGCUGACGUGACGGGUAUCGACGAUCAGAUGAUUUUGACGAGCUUACUACACAACGAGCGGGACACCACGCUCAUUACCAAGGGCCCGUAUAACGGCAUGUUCGACCGGCGGGCCGAAUCGGGGAACGAAGGAUUCAGUAUCGAUAUUCCGGUACACCUAUCGACGAUGCUUGCCAGCGGGUUUAUUGUGUUGAAGGUUCUGUCUGUCAAAGAUGAUGAUAGCGAUGUCAACGAGGAAGUCCGGGAAAAUCCUCACGGUACGGCUAGGAAGAAGAUAAUGAGGCUGAGUAGGAUCCAUUUCACGUGGACGAAGGUGCUGGGCGUGUAUGUCAAGGAUUCGUUGUUUGGUUGA